AAAUGCCACAUGAUGCACUCAACAAUUAAUAAUGUCCACUCAGCACCCUUGUACAACAAAUAAUAUACUUUGUCAAUAUAGUCAACAAUCAAUACACAAUCUCAACCUCUCCACUUUCACUUGUUUGAUUUCAAGUACCACAGACACACAACGAAUUUUGUUCUUCUGAGAAAUACAUCAGAUAAAUCUGGUCUCAACUAGUUUGACAAUCUGGCCAAACUCCAUUUCAAAAGGUCUAUUUCAAGAAACAAAUAUUUAUCAUGAAACUUUGAAGAGUUGAGGCAUCAGUAUAUAUUACUCUGGCCAACUCUCUAGCUAUAUCUCCACCACCAACUUCAGCAGGUGUUGGUGCUUGUCAUUCUGGUCCAAAAUUUUGUUUGGACAGACUCCUAUUUCUUGUCCGGCUCCUUCUCACUGAUUAUGGCUAACUUCUUUUGAUUCACUCUUUUGCAAUGUAAUAAUAUAUACUCUCAGACAAUCUCUGUUAUUGUUAAAUCAUCAUGGAGUAGUGAUGUAAGGCAAUAAUAUUGUGUAUAUAAACGAUCACAAGGUUUGAAAGAUUGAAUAUAAAAGGAUUGAUAACAAGCUUAUUCAUCUUCUGCCAUGGCUAUGUGUAGAUGUGUCUCUGUUUUGAUUGGAAGGAAGGAUAAAAUCAAGGGCAUUGAAGGAUCUUCAAAAGGGGACCUCAAAAAGUUACAUGCCAAAGUACAACACCCAACAAUAUCUUCGAAGAGUCGUGAUAUAAAGCCAGAUGACACCCAUGAUGUUACAACCGGUGGUACCCAGAUGAAUUCAAGGUCCAAUGUGAAAGUUCUGAGUCCCGAGAUCCCUAUGAAGACUGAAGUAGAGGAAGCUUAUGAAGGGGAAGAUGAACAUGAAGAUUCACCAUCCAUCAAGAGAGAGUUCUCUGAUUUUGAUCUCCAAGUUCAUGAAGCUGUUGCAUGCAAAGUAGGAUAUGACCCAGCAGGUAAAGAGAUCAACUCCCCCAGUUUAUAUAAAAAACAAACCAACAUUCAAUUGGAAGACGAAGAUGAUAAAUACGACAAAAACAGUGUUGAUUUGAUCCAAAGUGGGCAUGUCAGUGAUCCUGGGAUGGGCAAGCCUGACUUCUGGGCUUCUCCAGAGCUCAAGCGAUCUUGCUCUAACCUGGAAAGAAGGGAUAUAUCUAGGAAGACUGUUCAUCACUUUCCAUCUUCAAAGUCACAUUCUUUUGAGGAUUUGCAGGAAUUAUCAGCAAAUCAGAUGGUUAAUCUAGAGAGCCCCAGGUCUGUGAUGACUCAGCGCAGUGCUGAUAGAGUGAUGUUGAAAAGGCGUUCGUCUAGUCAAGUUCUCCCUUCUGGAAGUAAAAAAUUGUGGUGGAAGUUGUUCCUCUGGAGCCACAGGAAUAUUCAUCAACCUUGGGUCAGCAAAUCAACACAAUUACAUCCUGCAAGUGCUGUUUUUAAUAGUCAAUGCGGGUACUCUUCAGAUAUCCUGGAACCAAAACAAGGUAAGACAUUGAGACAUAUGGGAUCACCCUCUCAUGCAUCAUCUUCAGGGGAGUACUUCAGCAAAAGCGGCAAGGAUAAAAAUAUGGAUAAUCAAAGGUGGAGCAGAUUUCACAAAGAAAAUAACUUUGAUUUUCGGACACAAAAUCAAUGGGUAGCUUUCUCAACAGAAUCAUCCUCCUUUAACAGAGUAGAUGAGUGGGUGAAAGAUCUUGAAAAUCAGCAGCCACCUUCAGAGGAUGAUUUUGCUGAUGACAAUAUUGGAACCACUGUCUUGCCACCUUCUCCGGAUGCUGAUAGAUCAAUGGCAAGAACCACAACUCGGUUACCUCAAAAUCAAGAUGCCAAUCUUUCAAAGGAUCUUUUGUAUGCCAAUAGCGUGGUGCAAUCUCUGAAUCCAGCCUCAACUGCAGCUCAUAUAUCUGGUAUUGGUAUGAAAGUCAUCCCCGCAAUUACACACUUCUGCAGUCUUCGCUCAGUGAAUCUGUCAAACAAUUUCAUAGUUCAUAUCACACCUGGAUUUCUCCCAAAGGGUCUUCAUACACUUAAUUUGUCAAGAAACAAGAUCAGCACUAUUGAGGGCCUCCGAGAAUUAACCCGAUUGCGGGUACUUGACCUAAGUUAUAACCGCAUUUCAAGAAUUGGACAAGGGCUAUCAAGUUGUACACUGGUCAAAGAGCUAUAUCUUGCGGGAAACAAGAUAAGUGAUGUUGAGGGCCUACACAGGUUAUUCAAGCUAACAGUUCUGGACUUGAGCUUUAACAAGAUCACGACAACAAAAGCACUGCGCCAGCUUGUAGCUAACUACAACUCAGUUCUGGCCUUGAAUCUGCUCGGAAAUCCAAUUCAAAGCAACAUCAGUGAUGAGCAGUUGCGCAAAGCAGUUUGUGAUCUUCUGCCAAAGCUAGUGUACCUGAACAAGCAAUCCAUCAAGCCUCAAAGGGCACGAGAGAUGCUCACUGAUAGUGUUGCCAAAGCUGCACUUGGAAACAGCAGCCGGACCCCCAAAAGAAGAACACUGAAGAAAGGUGGCCAAGGAGGAUCAAGUUCCUCCAGUGUGCAUAGAAGCAGAAGCAGUGCUAGUUUAGCCCAGAAUAGCAGGCAAAGGUCAAAGAGUCAAACUAAGCAUCAUUAGUUGUCUGAAAAAGGAACAGUUCAUCAGUCCUUUAUGUUUCCAAGACUAUAUAAAGUGGAGCAGUUAAUGCUUCAACUUGUAACCAAACUAGUAGGGUAAUGUUUGGUUAUGGGCUGUGUUGUGUUUGCUUCAACCAGUAAUUAUUAGUAUAUUGCCAUAAAGGAGACUACACAAGGUUGCUAGACAUUGACAGUCUCUUUGUCAAAGAUUUGAUGUAAUAAAGUCACCAUUAUCUACAUUCUGCAAAUGUAAUGUAUGGAACUCAAUUCAUCAUCUGGAAAUUCUGUGAACUUCAUGUAGACAAUUUUGACUGUACGAAACAUAUUGGCCAGCCUAA